AUGCCGUUCAAGAACUUUCUCUCCGACAUCAAAUCGCAGGUCAAAGACCUCCAGAAACAGGGUCAGCAGUUUCUCGGGCAGCAGCAGCAGCAGCAGUCGGCUCCUCCGUCUCAAUCUCAAUCUCAACCGCACUACCAGCAUCAGCAACAGCCACCACACCAACACCAGCAACAACAAUACCCAGCUCAGCAGUACCAGCAAUCUCCUCCCCUCCCGCCAUCAACACAUCCCAACUUCCAGGCCCAAGGAGGCCCGCCCGGUCAACAGCCACUCCCGGGGCAGCCGAAAGUCUACUGGCAGCCGCGCUUCGAUCCGGCCACGCCCAUCAGCCAAGAAUGGGAACACAAGCUGGGGAACAACAACGGGUGGGGCAACAAUGAGAUGCAGCACUAUACCGCCGAGGCGAGCAAUUCGUUCUACACGCCCAACAACCUCCUCGUCCUGCGCGCCAUCUCCUCGCCCUCCCACCCGGACCCGACCAAGAAAUACACCUCCGCCCGCCUCGUCUCCCGUCAACGCCUCGGCCGCCCCAGCGGCAGCCUAGUCGCGAGCCUCAGCCUCCCCUGCGCCGGGGGCAUCUGGCCGGCCUUCUGGCUUUUGCCGUACGAACCCUUCACCUGGCCGACCGACGGCGAGGUCGACAUCGCCGAGACCUGGAACGGCGACAGCAUCAACCACACGUGCCUGCACUGGGGCUUCUACUCGCCCGAGGACAAGGCGAAGCAUCGCGUCGUGGGAACGCCCGUGCAGGGCAUGCAAACGGGACGGCCCGUACGGUUCGAGUUCGCGUGGCACCAGGACAGAAUGGUCUGGUGGAUUGAUGGGCAGGCCGUGAUGAAGGCGCCGGUGCCGCAUGACAUGAAUAGGCCGCUCAGCGAUUUUGUUGUACUGCUCAACAUUGCUAUGGGCGGGAACGUGUGUCAGGGUCAGGUGCCGAGGGAGGGGAUGUAUGAUUUCGUGGUGCAUGAGAUGAAGAUGCUGGAGGAGCCGGAAGGGGGUUGGGCGCGGUUUGAGAGGGAUUGGGCUUGGGUGAGGGAAGGGGACAUGAUUUGA